AUCCUGAGUGUGACGCAGGAGUCAGUGGGGACAAUCAUGGUGUUUGACUUGGCUCUUUUGUCCUGUUUGAAGUACAAGUUAUAUAUGCCUGAUACUGUUGGAGCUCUCCUCUCCAUACCUUCUUCUGCUCUGAUACUCACUGAAAUGAAUCCACUACGCAUCUCUGUGGUUCUGGUUCUGCUGGUGGGUCAGUGGGCCCAGGCCAGUGUUCUGUUCCCUGAGUGUGACUCUCCUGAGGCAGAGGAGGCUGCUCUGGUGGCUCAGGAUUAUCUCAACGAACAGCACUCUCAUGGCUACAAGUAUGCUUUGAACAGGAUUGAGGACAUCAAAGCCUAUGUUUUGGUAAGUUGUGUAUUUGUUGAGAAAGUUGCCCCUGUUUUCAAGAGUUAAACUGAGACAAGGGAUGCAGAACAUACAAAAUUAUUGUCAGGUUAACUUUUCUUUGCCACUAACAUGAUUAUAUAAUAUAAAGAAUGAGACUGUAGGAUAUGGUGAGAAUAGUAGUUUUGAAUAAAUAUGACACAGACAAUUUAAAAUGAUUUGGGAAAGAUGCAUUUCCCAGAUCCUCAAUAGCAAUUAAAGUUGUUUAAAGACAAAAAUUAAUUCGCUCACAAACGUUUUUUCUUCUUUUUAAAUGGUGCUUUCACCAUUCCUUCCUUUAAUUGUUUUAUUUCAUGUUAGCUCCAUAUAUAAACUGAAAUACAUCCCCCAACACUUGGGAGAAAACAACUCUCUCAGCUCUGAGCCUGUAACAGCAGAGCAGAGCUAUGUCCAAUAUCUGUCUGAUGUAGUAGAAAUGUAAAAAUAAACGAAUAAAUGAAUAAAUAAAUAAAUAAAUAUAAUUUAAAAAAUACCUGAUAUAAGUUUUACCUCUCCAUAGCCUUCAGGAGACACCAUGUACACUCUGGAAAUUGAGCUGUUGGAGACAGAUUGUCAUGUGCUGGAUCCUACACCUCUUGCAAACUGCACAGUCAGACCCAAAGUACUGACGGUAAGACACUUAGACAGAGAAGCCUUCAUACCAAAGCUGAAGAAAGAAGACCAACUAAAAGGGCUCUUAUGGGACUUGGAUUGUGUCUAUGUCUCUCUCGUUAGGCAGUAGAAGGAGACUGUGACGUGGUGCUGAAGAAGGCUGGAGGAGUUCUGACUGUCACAGCAUUUAAAUGUAAAACAGAAGGUAACCCCCCCCAAAACACACACAUACACACACACCACCAAAAGCAAAGACACCUUCAUACUUACCCUACAUUUCUUUUACCACAUACAGAAUCAACAGAAGACUUAUGUCUGGGCUGUCCAACCCUACUUCCCCUGAAUGACACUGCAGCUCUGGACUUUGUCCAUGCCUCUCUGGUUACCUUUAAUAACUUCACUGCAAACGAGACCUAUUCAAUUCUGGAGGUUGGACGGAUGUCUUCACAGGUUUGUCUGGAAGGUUUCAUGCACAAGCACAUUAGAUGACCUAAGAUGACCUGUGUCUGCAAAUAUCUAUACAUUUUUUCAUUCCUUGUUUCAGAUCGUUUCUGGUGGGCCGGCCUAUUUGGCAGAAUAUAUUAUAAUUGAGGCUAAUUGCAUGAAUGAUUCCUGUGUACCCAUGAAUGACACCAUGGCUGUAAGUACAGAGAUUCAGAUUUUAACCAAGAAUUAGAAAUAUUAAGGAGUGUUUUAAAUUUAAUAUUCAAAGUUGAGCUCACAGGCACAUUGAAAAAACUUUGCAAAAAUGGUAAACCUGGACACUCAACCAGUCAAAACAGGGCAAAUUACACCUUUAUGUUUUUUUCCCAACCAGGCACGUGGUAUCUGUAUUGCUAAGGGUUUGGCUGCUGACCACACAGUGGACUGUAGGAUGUUUGGAACUCUGGUAAAAUAGUCUAUAAAAAAAGCAUGUUGCCUUAGGAGAGGUCAUACACUUUAUUAAUUUUAUCAAUUAUUUUUCCUUACCAUGUGAUAAAUGCUUAUAAACCUUUUCAGAUGCCUGCUGUGGAUGUCAACAGCACAGCAGCUGCAGCUCCUGCAGCUCCUGCCAUGCCACCCAAGCACGGUCUAAGAUUCCACAAACUGACGACCUUCCACAACCCUGAACUGAACGUCCUCCUGUCUGCGGAGUCAGCAGAGUCAGCUGAGGUUGUACCUGUAGUCCCUGUGGUUGUUGAAAUAGAUGUACUACCAGCUGCUGAUCCUUCCUCAGCUCCUGCCGAUCCAGCUGCUGAUCCUGCCACAACUCCUGCCGAUCCAGCUGCUGAGCCAACUGCCGAUUCUGCCACUGAUGCUCCUGCUCCUGUUCCAGAUGAUGACAGUACAUCUGCCGCAGAUGUUCCCUCCAGUAAGGAGUCCCCUCUUAUGUUUAAGAGAGAUGUUGAUGCUGUAUCUGCCCCUCCAUCUCAAACUGGUCCUAUUUCCCUCAUGCCAGUGUGCCCAGGAAAGGUCCGAUUUUUUUAAGCAUUCAGAUCCCACGGGCUGUUACGAUUUCUUUCAGUGUACCUGUGGCUCAAAGAGAUACAUGAGCAUGUCUUGUGAUAAAAAAAGCAUACCUGGGGGACUUCUUGAAACCUCAAACAAAAUGUAUUUAAAACUGAAUCAUAUAUAAGCUUUAUGCAUUUCAAGACAACUAAGUGUUUGUAAAAAGUAUUCUGAAGAUCAUCAUUUGGUGCUGUGAAAUAAACCUCAUAAGAACAUGCUUUGUUCAUUUGGUACUCAUACAUCCUUUAAAGGUUUUACAAUACCUCUUCUCCAGUUUAUCUAACAGUAAUCAAUGAGAUUUAGAGAUACCGAAGGCCUUUUACAAGUUUGAUAGAGGGAAAUUGAUAGCCUAUGUACACAAAAGCACUAGUACCAAAAAAGCAUUUACUCAUUCAUGUCAAAUCUCUGAUUGCAAAACAGAGCUGUUUGCCAAUUUUGUUGACUCAUAUCAGGGACAUUCCUGUGAACCCAUUGACAUUUCCACUGACACAUUUCCCAUUUACUGAAAAAAGUAUAUCCUACUUAAACUCUCUGCAACACCAAACAAUGCUUUUAAAUACACAGAUUUACAUAAAUCUAAAAAAAAAAGAUUCACAUUCAGCAGAUAUGAGAUAUUUCAGAGGAGAGGACUUUUCUGUGUCUGGGUUUUUCUUAUUGGGGCCAAUGUUAAUGAGUGGGCAAUUCUUAGUGGUAUUUACUCAAUAGGUCAAUGUUCAGGAAGUAACAGUUCAUGGUAACGCAAAACGAGCAAGACAAAUAAGUUCAACAAGGGCAUUGGCCUUUUGUUUCUGCACAGCGGAUAUAAAACCAACAUGUAGCGACUGUAUACUCGUCAACUGGUCAAAGAAAAAACAAAAAGCUGUCCUUGAAAGCCCACGCAAUGAAGAGAUAAGGACUCAAACAACAUGCUUGCCCAUUCAUGCCAUGAAAAUGCAACCCUUACAAUUGUAGGAAAAAACAAUGUAAAGCUUAUUUUGAUGUGUUUACCAGAAGUAAAAAUCAAGAGGGUAAA